AUGUACGGAUUUGUCGAUGGCAAGGCAAUCGUCGAUCCAAAUGCCCGAGAAGAGCUGUUUCUUGACGGAUGCCUUUGGAUGGCUAUCAACAAGCGCAAGGAGGUGUGUGCCAUGCACCAGACUGGUCGAUUGAUCCUGUCGACGGGCACUAUCACGGCGUGCGUGAAACGUUCCUUUCAACGAGCCUCUGAUUUGACUGAUCUCAUCGCCUCCACGUGCAGCAAAGACGCCAUUACUCGGGGGAAGAACCAAAAGACGGCUGGCUUUUCGAACUUGAUCGGUGGCGACUUCAUCAGUUUGUAUGAGAACCAGCCGAACGAGAUGAUCCAAAUCGAGGACCGAUGCGAUUCGCCAAGCACAUCUGACGGUCAAGGGCGGAUAACUGAGGCUUCCUUGGCUGAGGGCACAACUUUGGUCGAAGAUGAGGAGGAUGGUGAUGCGUUGAUCCAGGCUCAGGUCGACAAUAUUGCUGCCUCGGUGGAAGGAUGUCGCAUGGAGGUCACGAAAAGCACUAAAGCCGGUCGCACCAAGGCUGCCCGACGUAACAAAGAUCAAGCGGGGCUCGGUGAUUUGCUGGAUGGGAUCGUGGAUCCGCCAAUGGAUGUCGAUGUCAAGCCGGAGCCGCUGGCAGCCAUCGCGCAGUCCUCUACAGAACAGCCACAACAAGAGGCGGCCACUUCGGGCUGGUCGGGCAUGUCCGCCAUUCGACGAAAGAAGCUU